UUUGCUAACGUUUAUUUACAAGGUAGAAUGUAUGAAAAAAAGAAAAACGUGUUCUUGUUUUACAUAGGGAUUUGUAAUGAAAGGCAAAAUUCCUAAAAAAAAAAAAAAAAAGUGCAGUUCCCCUUUAAUUAUUAUUGAAUUAUUAUUAUUAAGUAUGAUAUCCAGAUGUGUGCACUUUUGAUUGUUGAGUGUUUGGAAUGAAAUUCCAGCACCAGGUGAGUAUCUAUGACGUAGUCAAUCUGAGCAAGUAGAUGAUUGCGUCACAGAGGCUCAGCCAAUCAGCAGCCUCGUAGCGGCGCUGCAAAAAGAGAGAGAGAGAGUAAAGUCAUCUGUAAAGUUUGUCCUCAGCACUUUUGCAACAGCCAUGUUCCGAUCACUCCUCCUCUCCCUGGCCCUCGCGGCUCUGCAGGCGGACGCGCAGACCUCCGGCCGCUUCGUGGUGGGCUGUCCCCCCCGGUGCGACAAGUCCAUGUGCCCCCGACCUCCCGCCGAGUGUCCCGCGGGGCAGACCCUCGACGCCUGCCGGUGCUGCCCGGUGUGCGCGUCCGGGGAGGGCGAGGCUUGCGGCGGCGGCGGCAAGUUGGGCGACCCGCUGUGCGGCGAGGGUCUGCGGUGCUCGGUGUCCGCCGGCCCGGGCUCCAGCGCCACGGUCCGCAGGAGGAGCAAGACCGGGAUCUGCGCCUGCGAAGCCGCCGAGCCUGUCUGCGGGAGCGACGGCGUCUCCUACCGGAACAUCUGCGAGCUGAAGAGGGUCAGCCGCCGGGCGCAGAAGCUCCAGCAGCCGCCGGUCAUCUUCAUCCAGCGGGGGGCGUGCGGGAAAGCAGAAGACAACCCAGACAGUCCCAGACACAAAUACAACUUCAUCGCAGACGUGGUGGAGAAAAUCGCUCCAGCUGUUGUUCACAUUGAACUUUACCGCAAGAUGACCUACUCCAAGCGGGAGGUGGCGGUGGCCAGCGGUUCGGGCUUCGUGGUGUCGGAGGACGGUCAGAUCGUGACCAACGCCCACGUGGUGGCCAACAAGCACCGCGUCAAGGUGGAGCUCAAGAGCGGCGCCAUCUACGACGCCAAGAUUAAAGACGUGGACGAAAGGUCCGACAUCGCCCUCAUCAAGAUCGAGGCGCCGGCCAAGCUUCCGGUGCUGCUGCUGGGCCGGUCGUCUGACCUGAGACCAGGUGAGUUCGUGGUGGCCAUCGGCAGCCCCUUCUCCCUCCAGAACACGGUCACCACGGGGAUCGUCAGCACCACCCAGAGGGGAGGUCGAGAACUGGGCCUGAGCAACUCCGACAUGGACUACAUUCAGACGGACGCCAUCAUCAACUACGGCAACUCUGGAGGUCCUCUGGUCAACCUGGACGGCGAGGUGGUCGGGAUCAACACCUUGAAAGUGACGGCCGGCAUCUCCUUCGCCAUCCCCUCGGACAAGAUCCAACAGUUCCUGGCCGAGUCCUACGACCGGCAGUCCAGAGGCACGGCAGCCGCUAAGAAGAAAUACAUCGGUGUGAGGAUGAUGACGCUCACCACAGCACUGGCCAAGGAGCUGAAGAGUCGACUUCCUGACUUCCCUGACGUCACCUCAGGAGCGUACAUCAUGGAGGUCAUCGCCAAGACGCCAGCUGCUGUCGGCGGGCUGAAGGAGCACGACGUCAUCAUCUCCAUCAACAACAAGAGGAUGAGCACGGCCAACGACGUCAGCGCCGCCGUCAAGAAGGACUCCACCCUGAAGGUGGUGGUGCGGCGCGGGAACGAGGAUGCCAUCGUCACCGUGGUUCCCGUGGAGAUCGACCCUUGACCUCGCCGCCGCGGCCAGGUGGUACUCGUUAUUUAAGUGAGGGAGGGGGUGGGGGGGAUUCUAUGGACACGCCCCCUGGGACUUCAAAGUUGCCAGAUGGUGGAAAGUUCUGGAUGCUGUACUUUUUUAAUGUAUUUCUACGCUACAGGAAGUUGUUGUUGUCUUUAAACUAUUUCCAUCUCAUGUGUAUAAUUAUUGUUUGCUAACCUCUUUUCUAAAGUACUGUACAAUAUUUUAUUGAUGACUUGAAAUAAAAGCUUCACUUUUUGUUUUUCUUCACAGUUUUGUUCAUCUGCAAAAUGUUUG